AUGGUUGGAAAAUACAGAGUCGUAGUCUCUUCGCAUGAUCGGGCUAUGCGCGCAAUCUGGUUCUCCGGCUGGCGAAAAGAUAUGCUGCUUCGAUGCUGUCAUGCAGACUCGGUGGCACCGUCUCCUCAGAGGGAUGAAAACAUCCAUUUGGGCAGUGACCAUAUCGAGACAGUGAAGUCCGUAGGUCUGAUUGACAGGAAUUCGAAGCAAACGGAAAAGGACGGACACAGACAAGCCAGGUCUUCAAUACGUAAUGUAGCAAAAGGGAAGGAGAAGGGGCUAUCUAGCCUCGGUACACGAGCACUCGAAUACCGUACGACCAAGGAUAUUAAACCAAGACCACCAGUCCCUAAGAAUCAAGUACAGUUUAUAGAUGAUCAGAAGAAUGACUCUCCUGAGCGACAGGCAAGGAGACUCCUAUCUCCGGGAGAAGCAAGCUCUCGGCGUACGUCCUUACCAAACAACUUGCUCCCUUCAGCAGAGAAGAGCUGUUCAGUAGCAAGUUAUUCACCUGACUACGGAAUAGCACAAAAUGUCUUUCCCGGUGGUUUAACAGGUGCGCACCUACACUCUGACGCAAAUCAUACACCACGGCAAGAGAAAAAGGGAAAUGAGCAGAAAUUUCCUCCUUCAGGGGCUCGAACUUCGGGAAAGUCUACAAAAAGACCUGCCGAGAGCAGCAGCAUACCUCACAAGAAGAGCCGUCGAGCAAAAAGCCACAACGAUCUUGAGGAAGCUGAUGGCGAUGACGAUGAUCGACAUGGCAGCGGUGAAGACAAGAAGGAAGAGAAAUUUGCCUGUCCGUUUUACAGAAAAGAUCCAGUGCGUUUCCUUGAGUGCAUGAAUCUCAGAUUGGUUUCUAUAUCAAUCGUCAAACAGCACCUGAAAAGACGACAUGCUGCCAGUCCGGGUCCAGACAGCUCUGGAUACCAGGAAAGCUUUGCUCUGUCAACAGUGUCAAGGAACCAUAUCACGAAAGCGAGCCAUGCACAGGGUAAAGCAGAGGACAUUGAUAGCAUCCCCCCUGAUAAGCUGGAGGCUCUGAAGCUUCGCUCAGAUAGACGCAUAUCAUCCACGGAUCAGUGGCAUGAGAUUUGGGUGCUUCUAUUUGGGGAGUCGGAUAUUACACCGAAGCCGCUUUUGGACGGUGUAGUGAAGGAAAUGACGGGUAUUAUUCGUGAUAUCUGGAGUAAAGAUGGUAACCAGAUUGUGUUGAAGCAUAUCCAGGCACAAGGAUUUCCGAGAGCUCCGCAUGAACUGUUAUCAUUGCUGCCUGAUUUUCUCGACGCUGUUGAGGAUCGAUUCGAGAAAAAGCCUGUUGGGGUGAAUGUGAACCAACAGAUUGCCGUCACCCAAGAGCCUGCAAGCAAAACGAUGACAAAAAGGCUAGGCGAUCGACACCAGAGCUCUUUGAAUCCUUUCAAAACUCCCUAUUACAUGCCCGAGAUGUCUAUAUACACUCCUAUAUCACCUUCAGCUUCUUUCAUGAGAGAUUCAUCGACGCCAAUAUUUGGUGUUGAGGAGGACUUUGAGGAUCCUUUCCGAGUCCUCCAUCAUAUGGCUCCUUUUCCUAACUACAACCCUGUCUUACCUUCAGCUUCUCUUCCCAGACAUAUAUCUCCGACGCCAAUAUUCGACAUUGAAAAUUCCGAUGAUCGUCUUCAAAUUCCCUAUCAUAUGUCUCAUUUGUCGAACUACACCCAUGUCCCAACUUCGGCUUUUCUUACCAGAGACUUUCCAACCUCAACAUUCGAUGUUGAGAAUUCUGAUGAUCUCCAGCCAGUUGGGGGGGUCCUCGACUCACAGGGCAUACCCUGCGCAUACCCCUACUACCUGCCAAGUAUACCCGGAACCGAUCAACUUUAG